ACCUGGCAACCCUGAUGGAUGUCAACUGAGCAUGCGCAUUACAAAGGCCGCUAAAAUUAACCCAGAGGUGGUUAUUGUAAGCAGAUGAAUUAAUGUAACGAGUUACAUAUGUCUUAAAAAUACAUUAAAAUAUUAAACUUUAGUGUACGUUAAUGCUUUUAAAUACUAGAGUUUUUUAAAAGUCCUCCGUAGUGGUUGGUGAUUAUCGUGGCUUGUUUCUCUUCACUGGAGGCGACGCGGCCUUUUCAUCCUCGGUGUGGAUUUGAGCGCUUGGCGGAUUAGACGCCGUCAUACUGCAGGUCACCGCACUGUGGGUCUGUCAGAGGACUCUUCCGGAACAAAUACAAAUAAAAUGAAAUACCCGUGCCUUUGUUUUGUCACUAAAGCUCGUAAAUAAGCAUUGUUGGCUGACUCUUAAACGUAAGCGGUGAACUUGUCAGCUUCUCUGAGUUAGCGGAGUCGGACCACAUACACAUCCUCACCGGGUUGUUUACAUUUCUGCAUUGAAUAGCUGAGCGAUGGAGGCUCCUCCAGUCACCGUCAUGCCUGUUACAGGGGGCACCAUUAAUAUGAUGGAGUAUUUGUUACAAGGUAGCGUACUGGACCAGUCCUUGGACAGUCUGCUCCAUCGGCUUAGAGGUUUAUGUGACAACAUCGAGCCAGAAAGCUUUGCUGAUCAUGAGCUUGUUUACCUUCUGAAAGGUCAGCAGGGAAAUCCAUUCAUCCUGCGUGCCAGACGGUCACUAGCUCACCCUACUGCUCCCUGGCAUCUCCGUUACCUUGGGCAGCCAGAGGUGGGUGAUAAGAGUCGUCAUGCCUUGGUACGGAACUGUGUGGAUGUUGCAGCCUCACACAGUCUGCCUGACUUCCUCAAUGAGAUGGGUUUCCGAAUGGAUCAUGAGUUUGUAGCCAAAGGGCAUAUUUUCCGCAAAGGGGCUCUCAAGGUGGUUGUGAGCAAACUGUCUCGAGUUCUUGUGCCAGGCAACACAGACAAUACCGAACCUCUGUCUCUGUCCUACUUAGUGGAACUUAGUGUGUUGGCACCAGCUGGACAGGACACAGUGUCUGAGGACAUGCGUAGCUUUGCAGAACAGCUUAAGCCACUGGUACACUUGGAGAAAAUCGACCCCAAAAGGCUCAUGUAGGUGCCCAAAGCCAUCCUGACUGAACUUGAAGUGUCAGCUUUGAAUUAUUUGGAAGAAAGGGGCAUCACCCUGAAAUAUCAAGUCUGGAAAUAGUAAACUGAGCUCAAUUACAAUGUGCUUAAUUUGCAGCUGAAUAAUUUGUCUAUGCCAACAGGACCCUAUUUUUGUAAACAAUUUAUUUUCUAUGAAUAAAAGAGAUGCAACUUUGGAUAUCA